UUGUGUUGUUGUUGUGUUUGUGAAUUGUUUUGUAUUGUGAGCUCUGUGAAUGAGUGAACCUGUGUUUUGUAUUUACUGUAUUAGUAAAAAAAAAAAAACUAAUUUAAACUACCAAUUUCUGGCUACACAAUUUUAGAGUACAGGUAAGGUGUCCAUUAUGCAGCCAGGCAUGAGUAACCCAGGAGCGAUUCGCCAGCGAGGUAGAUUUACAAGGUUCACAUGCCAGAUAUGUGACAAAGUGUUUGCAACACAAGAAACUCUGAAUCAACAUGUGGCUACGCAUCGUUCACCAGGAAAACUACCUUUCAGAUGUAACCUUUGUAACGCUCAGUACCCAUCACGGCAGGGACUGGACCAGCACAAGCUGACAUAUCACCGCAAUGCUGGCCAGCAGCAAGGCUCGGAAAUGGUAGCUCCUGUAGUGGAUAUCAACAAGCCUGGUGUGAUUGAAAAGCUGGCCAGUGUAGGCAUCCGCCACUACAUAUCGCUGUCGCAGAUCAGCGGCCAGCCCAACGGUAUCUACGGAAUGCCUAUAGUGUCUAUUGACAGUGCCCGUAACCCUGCUCAGUCUAACUCUGGCCGCGGCGACCCCAGUACAUUGUCUUUGGGACCUCCCAAGCCUAUCCGAUAAGAAUCUCAGUUGUGUGGAGUUUAUGCUUGACACAACUUGUGGAUAUCUAUGUUGUUCAGUGACUGAUUUCAGACAUAACCUAUGCAAAUGUUUGUUGCGUCAGUGACUGACUGUUUUCAAUGUUUUUGUUUGAAAUGACAAGGGAAUCAGUUUUGAGAAUCUUCCUUGCAAUCUUCCUCUGAUUCUGUCGUUGCAUUCUGAGAUUUACAGAAUCAAAUGUAGAAUGUUUAAGCUAAACAAUUAGAUUUGACUCAUUUUGUAUACCCUAUUUGUGUCAAUACUGACUUGGUAAUACAACUGUAAUUAGGGGGGGAAAAUACUUUACUCUAAAAAAAAUCUUGAUCGAGGAAUUCAGAAGCAUUAAUAAACUUUUUAAUACUAGAGUGACAUUUUCUCUUUUGUUAUUAUUGGCGUUAUUUUACUUUUGUCCUUAGGUUUUUUGCACUUGUUAAGUUAGUUGUGAUGUUUUUAAUUUAAAAAAUGUUAUUCUGUUAUAAAAUUAUAACAUUAUUUCUACAUUAAAUCAUUAACCCUUUCAGUGCUAUGCAAUGAUAUAUCGUUGUGCGUCUUUUUCCCGAAAAGUGCCAUGGAACCACUUAGCACUUUUGAGAUGAAAAAUUUGAUUUUUACUGAUUAUUUUUUUUCGCACACUAGACUUUGCCUCCGUGGCAAGCCUAGCACUUUUCGGACAAAAUAAGUAAAUAACUCUUGCGUUUUGUAUAAAUGAUGUUUUAUGACGGAAUUAAAACACAUAAUUUUAGAUGAUAAAGGCACAGAUUUAUUAUUGAUUAAU